AUGUCUGCCCCACGCGCUACCUCUCCCUCCAACACGGCCUCUUCAGGCUCGACAACCGCGCGUCCUGCGUCGCCAAAGCCCCCGGGUGGCCCUGCGACUGUUAUGCGAAGGAAAGCUGCCGCUGACCGCGCCGAGAAGACCGCAAACCUGCGUCCAAGCAGCACAAGGGCGGCCGGUGCCGGUGGUAGCUCAAGCACUAUGCUGAGGCUAUACACUGAUGAGUCUCCCGGUCUGAAGGUCGACCCCGUUGUGGUCAUGACCCUGUCCGUUGUCUUCAUCUUCAGUGUCGUCGCUCUGCACGUCAUCGCCAAGGUCAUGCGCCGAUUCUCCGCAUAG